AUGUCGGCCAUUCGUGCACUGAUCCUCGGCUCUGGUGGUCGUGAGCAUGCAUUGGCAUUGCACUUGCUUCGUUCAGAACGUGUUGAGCAUGUCUACGUUGCACCGGGGAAUGGUGGCACAGCCACUCUUGGAAGUCGCUGUUCGAAUGUCAGCACGCCUAAGGCUAGCGGCGACUUCAGCGAAAUCGCAGAGUGGGCUAAGGCUCAAAGAGUUACUCUAUGUAUUCCUGGACCAGAGGCCCCACUCGUUGCAGGUGUUGAGCGUGCGUUCCGUCUCGUUGGGAUCAAGGUGUUUGGCCCUAGCAUGGAGGCGGCCCAAAUCGAAGGCUCUAAAGCAUAUGCAAAAGAUUUCAUGGCCCGGCACCAAAUUCCGACCGCUGCAUAUCGCACAUUCACAGCCGAUCAAGUGGAAGAAUGCUAUGAAUUUAUCCGGGAGUUGGGUGGUGCAAAAUCUGUCGUAUUAAAAGCCAGUGGUCUCGCCGGUGGUAAAGGUGUGAUUUUACCAGACACCGACGAUGAGGCGCGUCAAGGUGUUGAAGACCUGCUAGUUCGCAAAGUGUUUGGUAAUGCCGGUGAUUUCCUAAUUAUUGAAGAGCGUUUAGAUGGCUCUGAACUCUCAGUGCUUGCAUUUUCUGACGGGUACACGGUCCGUGCACUGCCUGGAUGCCAAGACCACAAGCGUAUCGGCGAAGGAGACACCGGUCUCAAUACGGGCGGUAUGGGUGCGUACUGCCCAACUCCCGAUGGAACAGCUGCAGGAAUGGAGGAGCGCAUUCGACAGGAGAUCUUGCUCCCGACCAUUCAGGGUUUGCGUCGCGACGGUACAUCCUUUGUUGGAAUGCUAUUCGUGGGUCUCAUGCUCACGAGCAAGGGACCCAAGGUCCUCGAAUUCAAUGUUCGAUUUGGAGAUCCAGAAACGGAGGCCGUCCUGGAACUCCUCGAGCAUCCAUCGACGCUCGCUGACGUCAUGAUGGCAUGUGUUGAGAACCGCCUCGACUGUGUCGAUCUUGCGAUUCGUCCUGGUUUCGCUGUUAGCGUGGUUAUCGCGAGUGGUGGCUAUCCUGGCAAAUAUGCAACUGGCGUGCCUGUUCAUAUUGAGACAAUGCCCGAUUGCGUGUCAGUGUACCAUGCGGGCACUAAGCGUGCUGAUGAUGGCCAACUUCUCACUGCAGGCGGUCGUGUGCUCGCAGUUUCGGCUGUUGGAGCCACUCUCGAUGAGGCACUGCAGCGGGUAUAUGCUGGGGUCUCAAAUGUUAAGUUCGAGGGCAUGGUGUACCGCCGCGACAUUGCUCACCGUGCUUUGGCUGCUGCACGGUCCAGUGCACCUGCUGGCAUGACUUACGCAUCUGCAGGUGUCGAUAUUGACGCAGGAAACACACUUGUAGAGCGGAUCAAGCCACUUUCCAAAACUACCCAGCGUCCCGGCUGCAUGGGAACACUAGGUGGCUUUGGCGGUCUGUUCGAUCUCAAGGCAUUGAACAUGCGUGAUCCCAUUCUGGUCAGCGGUACAGAUGGUGUCGGUACUAAGCUGCGUAUUGCUUUAGAACAUGGAAAGCACGAUACAAUCGGGAUUGACCUUGUUGCGAUGUCUGUUAACGACUUGCUUGUCCAGGGUGCUCAGCCGCUUUUCUUCCUCGAUUACUUUGCUUGCUCCAAGCUUGAUGUUGACACAGCUUCAGCUGUAGUAAAGGGGAUCGCUGAUGGUUGUCGUGAUGCGGAGUGCGCGUUGAUUGGCGGCGAAACGGCUGAAAUGCCUGGCAUGUACGUCGGUAACGAGUACGAUGUCGCUGGUUUUGCCGUCGGCGCUGUGGAGCGUGAUGCUAUCUUGCCUAGAACUUCUCACAUGCAGCCUGGCGACGUGCUGAUUGGACUUCGAAGCAGCGGACUUCAUUCGAAUGGGUUCUCGCUUGUCCGUAAGGUCGUGGCUCGUUCCGGCAUUGCCCUCAGUGCCCCUUGUCCUUGGAACGAUAGUAUUCAUGCCUGUCUUGGCGAUGCGUUGCUCGCACCGACCCGUAUUUAUGUCAAGGCCCUUGGUCAUGUAAUGCACGGUGAGCAUCAUGUGCUUGGCCUUGCUCACAUCACUGGUGGUGGGUUUACCGACAACCUGCCACGUAUGCUGCCGGAAAGUCUUGGUGCUAAGGUAGAUGUGUCGCGUUGGCAGCGUCCUUCUCUCUUUGCAUGGCUGCAGAGGGAAGGUCAGAUCGAACCGCAGGAAAUGGCUCGCACAUUCAACAAUGGCAUUGGUAUGGUCCUUGUUGUGUCGUCGUCAGCUAGCGAGCAGACUUGCUCUGCGCUGCGUGACGCCGGUGAACAGCCUGUAGUGCUAGGCGAACUUACGGCCGAGCCUGGUGUCUCAUUCGUGGGACUUGAACAUUGGGCUGCAUAA